CCCUCAGGUGACGCGUCAGCUAGGAGACAGCAGUAAGAGAGAGGGCUAAAGGAUCUAGGAGACACGAGUUAGGGAGCAAAUAGUGACUUAGGGAUCGCGGCUGCAGCAAAUAGUGUUGCGGUUGCGGAGGCACAGUAUACGCGGGCCGUGCUGGCUCUUAUAUACCUCGUUUUGUCGUCUCUCUCCGCCUCUAGCUGCCUCGUCGUGCGACGUAGUGCACACACUGACCUCGUGUCUCGACGAUCAGUGCCUCGUUCCAUAGGCGUUGACCCUACUGCCGCGACGAUUUUUUGACGGGAUUUCGCGAAAGUAGACACGUGGGUCGCAACCGUUCGGAGUUACUGUGCUAUUUUCCCCUUUCUUAUUACAAACUUUCUCGAGCAGCCUAAAUUCCGCUGCUGACGGCGACGGGUGGCAUUAAGCAGAGCGCGGUGCGGAUCCGCGAUGACGGACCCCAUCUACUCUGCGUUUCCCCCCUCCGCCUCCUCCUCCUCGUCUUCCUCCUCCUCCUCGUCCUCCUCGUCCUCCUCGUCCUCCUCCUCGUCCUCCUCGUCCUCCUCGUCCUCCUCCUCGUCCUCAGCGAUGUACAUGACCACCAGUUCCGUGCCCGGCGGAGGCGCGGUACCCAUAUCCACUGUGCUCUCCCCCUCGUCCGGCGUCGCGACCUCGACCAACACGACCUCCUCGCCGUAUUUCUCCACCACCACUUACGCCUCGUCGUACUCCUCCCCCUCCUCCUCCGCACCUCCCGCGUCCUACCGGUACUCCCCGUUUAAGAGAUUCAACCGGGUGAAUCUCCGGUUUAAGAUCUCCUACUACACGCAAUGGGGCCAGAAUCUGAUGCUAAGCGGCUCGGAUCUGCUUCUGGGGAAGUGGAACAUCAAGCAGGGCGUGUGGAUGACGCCUCACCACGAGGGCGAGUUCCUCGUCUGGCAGGCGCUGAUAUCGGUGCCGGACAAGUUCGAGCUGGACUACAAGUACGCGCUGGUGGACGAGAAGCUCAACGUCAUCAAGUGGGAGUCCGGCGACACCCGCCGACUCAUCCUGCCGGACGGCCUGCCAGAUGGCGCCAUGGUGGACGUGCUCGACACGUGGCAGGACGGGUCGUCUCCCGAGACGCUGCUGUCGCGCAACGCGUUCCGCAAGGUGAUAUUCGGCAAGCCCGCGCAGGCGGACGACGAGGGCGAGGAGGCGCUCACAGCACUGCCGCCGCUGCCACCAGAGCUGUUCGAAUCCAAAGAUGACAUUGUGUUGAGAUUCAGAGUCAACUGCUCGCGCCUAGACAAAGGCCAGAAGGUGUGUGUGACGGGCAGUGCGCCGCGGCUGGGCACGUGGGAGGCGGGGGGGUGUGUGCCCAUGACGCACACGCACGGCACGCUCUGGGAGGUCGACCUCUCGCUCCCGCGUGACGAGUUCCCCAUUCGAUAUCCUCUCCGCGCCCCUGCCCUUGCCUCCCACCCAUUCUCCUGCCUUUUCCUAAGCGUGUUGCUUGCCAUUUCUCUGUUGUUGCGCAAGUGGUGAGUCUGCUAUUUUCGUACCUCGACUCGUCUGUGUUGCACCCUCCGCAUCCUAAGGUUCUCCUUAACUGCUC